AUGACGCUCGCCAGCGGUUUGGCAGUGUUUUAUUAUUUAUUGUUUGUUUUCUUUCUGUGAUAAUUUGGAUGAGAAAUGCAUUAUUUAACAAAGGUGGAAUACUCCAAUACUUAAAAAGUUGGAACAACUGAUCAACCAUAUAGGAGAUUAAAUUCAGCAAAAAUGGCUGAAGGAACUGAAACUGCCCCGAUUUUCGUAGAUGUCGGGACGCAAGAGCAAUAUGCAAUUGAGCAAAAUAGUUUCUCAGUGUUCACACACAUCAACAAACCAUUGGAGCCGGUCAAAGAGGAAGGAUUGACUCAAAGCAUUCCAAGGUAAGUGUUGAUACCUAAAUAAUAAAAUAAAAUACAGUAGACCCGCGGUAAUCCGGACCCCGUCUAAUCCUUCACUCCCGGUAAUCCGAUAAUAGGGGAUUGGGUCAGGGUAGGCAACAGCGCAAGUAAAAUUUCUGAUAGAGCAAGCGCCUAUAAGUGGCUUACCAUCAUGCGGCCUAUAUGCUUGUUUGCUACCCUUUUAACAUAAAAAAAAACAAAAUACAUUCGUAGUUCUCUGUUGCCUAGAAUGCCUCCCUGUCUUGUUCUGUGCUUGACAGGGUUCAUAAUGGUCUGGUAAUUGAAUAAGUGACACAACCAUUGUCGACGGGAGCGGGAACUCAGACCUCGUUUUUUGGUGUAGCAUCAACUCCUAAUGCUCAACAAAUAUGCAGGUACUAGGAAACUCUCAAAUUGGAUAUGAGUUUCCUGUUAUGCAGGACAGCCUGAAGGGUGCCUGCACAACUCAAUCCAUUGAGGAAACUGGCGCACAGGCAAUUGUAACUAGUGCAAACACUGACUUUCCUAGUCAUGUUUUCACUGAACAACCUCAAGAAGCACAGUGCUCAAUGGAUAUUCAAGAAGAAGAGACUGGUCCACAAACCGUCUACACCGAGGCAAAUGCUAAAGCUAAUGUUAACAACAGAUACUCUUGUACUGAGAUGACCGACAAUGUUCCUUGCCCAUACUUUACCAGCAUCGAAGAUCGGUUGAUCAGACAUAUCCGGAAAGUGCAUAAAGGCGAGAAUCCGUUCCAAUGCACCAUGUGCGACUAUUCGACAUACAACAAGGCCAUAUUUGAAGAACACGUCAGAAUACACCAAGGUAUAAAACCAUUCAAGUGCCGCUACUGCACGUACAGAUCGGCGUCAAAGAAGAACGCGAAGAAACACGAAUUAAUUCACAGACCGGACAACCCGUUGAAGUGUGCGCAGUGCGAUUUCAUAGCGAGACACGAGAGGUCGCUACAAGUGCACAUGCAGACGCAUACGGGCUCCAUCCAGUGCCCUCAAUGCGAUUACAAAGCGGACAACGCACAAUCUUUACGUAUGCACAGAACCCGGGAGCACACCAGGAAGCAGGAACCGAAAUAUAAGUGCGACAGAUGCGAUACUAAGUUCGUAGAGUUGAGAAAUUUGAACAUUCACAAGAGAAAAGGCAGGUUGUGUGUUGAAUGUGACACCAUCUUAUGCAGUAAGCUUGACUAUAACAGUCACAUGGUACUUGUACAUCAAAAAUCGACAGAAGGAGAUGAUCUCUUUGUCUGUGCUGUUUGUCUCUGGUCUUCUACGAAUAAAGUGCGAAUAUUGUUGCAUCUAAUACAUCAUCCGAACCAGAAAGUCGAUGAGAAUUUAGUUGAUAUAACCAUAUUGAGGAAUUAUGGUAUUAUGCAGUAGAUGUUGAAGCAAAUAUUGGAGGCAGUAUUGAAAAUAGG